AUGCCGGAAGAAAUGCUCGAUUCUGGUUCAGAUUCUGAUCCUGAAAAGCCAGUAUUGAGACAAAUUGCAAAAGACCACCAACAAGCCCCCAGCAAAGAACAAGAUCGCGAAUCCCUUCUAAGGGAGCUUGGACAGUUUUCCUUUACUACGUUGGAGGAAUACAAAGCCGCCAAUGCUGAGAGACUCAAGCGAUGUUACAUGGCCGAUGAGCGAGAUCAGAAUAGAAAUAUUCUUCACUGGCUAUCCGUCCAUCUUCCUUCUAAUCCUACCGACGAUGAAAAUACAAGUCUUCAUUGGCUUGUAACCACGGUAGUAGAGUUGGAGCCUAAGAUUGUCACCAUGGUCGCAACGGAUAGUCAAAAGGCCAACUGCUUACAGACUGCGAUUGAGCAUGCGAGAUUUGACUUGAUAGAGUCUCUCUUCAAAACAAGUGAUGACGAGGCUUUGAGAGUAGCUAUAUCACAAGGAAAUCAUUGCAAUGAAACCUGCCUUCACUUGGCUGUCAGGCUUGGACCACCAGGUGUUGGGUUAACUUUACAGCUUCUAGAAAAUGCUCAUCCGAAGGCAAUCCUGAAGCAACGGAAGUACAGAUUUGAAGACGAUAAACCGAAUCAUGGGAAUACUGUAUUGCAUGACUUUGUUCAUAUCAAUGUGUGUUUUGUCAAGGGAUAUAUGAAGACACUCAGGAGAUUUAUUCAACUAUGCCCGGAAGCCUUGAUGGUGUCCAAUGCUGCGAAGGAAUCACCAUUCCAGUUUCACAUCGCCACGAGGAACAAGGUCUAUCCAGAUUGGCAGGGAUUAGAGUUUUCACCACGAACUGAGCGACAUGACAAGAAAAAGGAAGCAGCGGCCAAGGUUGGAAGACUACUACUGGAUGAAGCGUUUUCUCAGUCAACAUGGGAAGAUGCUUGUGGGUGUGUAUAUGGUGAAAAGACUUUUAACCAAGCUACGACGUUUAGGCCCGCGGCUCCCAUCAACAAGCGGAUAGACAGCCCAGCCCAACCCCCAAGACAGACACGUGAUGCGGUUAUUGAAGAAUGUCUUCGAGACUUUGAUGUUCGAUAUCUGCAAUGGACGAAAGACGACCUCUGUAUCGAAGUUCUUCAUAAUGCUGGACUUUCCAAUGUCAAAGAACUUUGGCUUCAAUGGAGCGGAAGGAACUCGGUAUUGUAUAGUUGGUCAUGUAAGGAUACAGGCCUUCCCAAACUGCCCCAGCUUGAGAUGGUCCAUAUUCAUACGCGAGCCGAAAGUAUCGACAGUGUUCAAAUCGACGAAUACCAAUCAGACCUGACGACCAAAGUUACGAAAACGCUGCAAGAGGAAUUGUCUCCUCUGGGAUCCAAACUACAAGCAUCUAUGUCAACAUGGAGUGGUGGCCCAGACUACGUUCAAAUCGCCAAAGUCGGUCCAGGAGAGAAGCCACCAAUGAUCGAAGCCACUAUCGCUGGGUUUAAGGCCAGAGCGAUGUUUGAUCGCCAAGAUACUAAGGGGGUUCGGCAGAUUAAAGUCGAUGAUGAAUCGCAUGAGACCCUGAGUGAGGCUAAUGCUUCUAAAGCUGAUGACCGGCAAGAGCAAAAGUGUGUUGAGAAUCCUAUCGUCAACGAGAAACAAGCUUCUGAUCAUAGUUUUCACAGGGGACAUCGCUGGCUCGAUGCCAUUAAGAGACUCAAGACAGCUAUCAAUAUUUACAAACAGAACAAUCAAAUCACAAUUCGGCCCAUCAGAGUCGCAUUACUCGAUGAUGGUGUGAAUCCCGGCGAAUUGGUUGUCCCUGGGGUCUUGAAGGAUGGUUGGCCACUUCCUAGCACGAGUCGACUUCACAGCUCCAAGCCAUACUACAGCUCGGACCAAGGCCAUGGUACCAAGAUGGCACGACUGUUGUACUUCAUGUGUCCAUUUAUCUCUAUCUAUGUGGCUAAGAUUGACAUGUAUCGGGAGCAUGAUACGAGCGCUGCGAUGUCAGCUGCCAAGGCAAUCAAUUGGGCAGUCAGCAAAAACGUAGACAUCAUCUCCAUGAGCUGGACCGUCAAACAGGUCAGAUACGGUCCAAACUCAAAUCAAACGGCCAUCACAGCACUUGAGCGAGCUAUUCAAGCAGCGGCCAACUCUGAUAUCUUGCUGUUCUGUGCUGUACAAGACUCUGGCCAUUAUGAAAAUGACGAAAUAUCCUUUCCACAGAAAAGCGAUACCAAGAAGCUUAUUAUUGUGGGUUCGGCUAAUGAAAACGGAGACAAGUCUACCUUCGUCAACGAGAACAGCUUCAACUAUCUCUUUCCUGGAGAGAUUGUCAUACCGGAUAUACUCACAGAACAUGACAAAGGGAGUUCGGUAGCUACUGCGGUGGCAGCUGUAUGA